UCGUUUCAUUCUCGAUAUCGAUUCCUUCGCUGGCCGCUAGAGCGCACUCACGUCAAAAUUCUCAAAUAUGGCGGCGCGAUCAAUGAAGUUGUAAUGUGUAGUGAGUGAAGUCUAGUGUAAAAAUUGAAAUGUUUAAUUUUGGUGUUGUUUUUGUGUGUGGUUGUUAACAUUAAUGGGCCAUGGGAAGGAGCCAGGAGCUUUUAAACGCCGCCCGCGAAGGCGACAAGCGGACUGUGGAAAAAAUACUUGGUCAAAUAACUAAUAUAAGUGGUCCAUUUACAAGUUUCAAAAAUAUCCUUCAAGUUGGAAAACCCCGGGGAGUAGAAUUACCCGUACCGGUCACCGAGCAAGUCUCAAAAUUGGAAAAGCCAGAGGAACCAAUUUGUUUGCGUAGAGGUGCGGGUGUGAAUGUACAAGAUGAUAACGGUUACACACCGCUUCAUCAAGCAUGUUUGAAUGGACAUCGGGAAAUAGUCCGCGUCCUACUGUCAGUGGGUGCAAACCCUGGCAUAGUGGACAAGAAAGGCGCUACGCCCCUUCACCUGGCCGCGUUCAACGGUGACACCGAUGUAUGCUGGAUGCUCCUCGCUCACAAUCCUCCUGUUAACAUCGAUCAGCUGACAUCAGACCACGAAACCGCUCUACUAAUAGCCGCCCAGUUUGGCUUCGUAAAUGUGGUCGCACAGCUGAUAACCAGAGGAGCUGAUGUCACCAUCAAGAACAAUAAUGAUGAAAGCGCCCUGGAUCUUGCAGCGCAGUACGGCAGACUGGCGGUGGUGCAGCAUUUACUACAAGUGAGACCGCAACUAGUUGACCAGUACAGAUACCCCGCCUGCCGUAACGUGAUCUUCACAUCAACCCCCCUACAUCGUGCCAGCAAAAAUGGAAGAAAGGAUGUAGUAACGGCUCUUAUAGACGCUGGCAUGGAUCCCAACGUCAGAACACACAGCGGCACACCUCUUCACGAAGCAGCUCGCUUCGGGAAACCCUCAGUAGUACGCAUUCUUCUCAACAAAGGAGCUGAUCUCCACGCUCAAGACUCCUCAAGGAAGACAGUGUAUGACCUUUUAGCUGAAUAUCCUGAAGAGGCUACAAGAAAAGUCAGGAAAGUGAUUCGAGGUAUGUUCCAAGCAGAAUAUGAAAACCUCAUGGGGAAUUUCGACAGCGACAAAGAAUUACCUCCUUUCCCCGUCCAGGACUACAGCCCCGACGCCGUAAUGACACCAACAGAGACCCAGAAAAAUACUAAUAAUAUUGAUAGCCCUUUAUCUCCAUCUUCAUCGUCACUAACAAAAAGUCAUCCUCAAAGUUUUGUCAAAAAGCUUGCUUCAAAAUGCUUGGGCCUUAAAGCGAAAUUCAAUUCAGCUCCUAACAUUUCUAACAAUCCAGCGGAAGUCGAUGUCAAGUCGAAACAAUCGGAACAGAAAAGUAACUCAAAUACAAUGCUUAUAGGAAAUAGUAAAUUCUUCAAAAUGUUGUCGAAAAAGGAGGAAUCUGGUGAAAUUGUUUGUAACGAUGAAUUUGAUACUAUAUCAUUAGAUAGAUUAGGCACAUUGAACAGAGAUUCCGUUGUUAACCGAAGUAAUAGGAGUUGCCCUGGAUUUAAAACAUCUUUACCUAAUAUAUCAGAAAACAAUGAGCUUAGUGAUUCUCAAGAAUCUGUUGCAGAAUCUAUUGUGAUUACAGAAAUUGAUUAUAGUAAUAGUAGUAAAAAAGAUGUGAAAGUAAAUGAAGCUGUAAAUAACACAUUGAAACUAAAUAUAUUUGAACCCAGAGAUGUAAAUGACAGAAAAUCUGUGGCAUCUGUUAUAUCAGCAGAGUCAACACAAUUAGUAAACGAAUGUUACGAAUCUUAUGAAUUUUCUAAAACUGGUAGUGGUAGAAGCAUUAAAAAGUUGUCACUUCCAAGGCCCCCUCCAAGACUCAACGUGGCUAGUUCAAGUAGUAAUGAAAAUAUCUAUGAAAAUGUUGUGAUGGAAGUCAAAACUAUACCAAAGCCUGCUGCAAGAAUUCAUGUUCCCGUAAAACCGCUUGAUGAAGUUCAAAGAAAAAAUUUGUACGAAAAUAUAUCUGUUAUUCAAGAAAGAAAACAACCAGAACCUAUGAAAAGAACUUUCGUACCUAAAAAACCAAGUUCAGAUGGCUUUGAUGAUAAAUCUUCUACUCGCAGUAGAUCAUCCACAUUAUCUUCGGAUUCUAUGAUUGAUGAAUCGAAUCUAGAGGAUAUAUUACUCUCUGAGAAGUCAAAAUCUUUUCGACACCGUAAAACUUCACCCUAUUCUACUGCGAAAUCACAGAUAUCGAGAACUCAAUCGACAGCAUCGGACUCUUCAGACCUGACGGAAGCUAGUGCCUUAGAAAAUGUUGAUUGUAGCUAUGAAGUAGAAGAAAAACCGUUGUAUCUAUCCAUGACUGGAACACUACCAAACAAAAAGACAGAUAAAACUGGAGAUAAAAAAGUUCUUUUUAGGCAUAAAACUUUUACCAACAUUGAAGUCGACAGAAAUUCAGUAAAGGUUAGAGAUUUACCCCAGUGGAAUAAUACAUUUUUGAAAGAAACUUUAGCUCAUUAUCACAUUAGAGGUACAGGUCACUGUAUCUAUAACGCUCCUACAGUUCAAGAGUUUAUUUACAUAUUUAACAGGGAAACGCUUUAUAGUGAUGUUCCACCAUUUACUAAAGUACCUAACGACAAAAGAGAUAGUUAUUUUGAAACUGCAAUAUGCUUCUGUAGGCCGAGACCUCCAAAGUUUCACAGUAGCGCUGAAGAUCUUUUAGACAAAAAUACCCAAUCUGAAGAUGGGCAAGUUAUAAUUGACUUGGAAGCACUUAAAAACAGAAACGAAAUAGUAUCAUCGUCAUUUAAAUGUUAUUGCGAUUCCGGUACUUGCACGUUGCAUUCAAACAGGCGUGAGUCUCCUGUAGACUUAGUUGUUAAAUUUUCAGCUAUUAAAAGAAGUAUUUCGACACCAGAUAUCACAUUAGAAUCCUCUCCUUAUUCGACAACAAAUAAAUUAACUUUACCGAAAAAUAAAUCGGUACCGAAUAAUUUAGAAGAUCCUUACGCCGUAGUUAGCCUUAUUCUAUCAAAGACAUUGCAGAAGUUAUAUCAUUAAACUCACAUUCUACAUCGACAACCUCUACUAUGUCUCAUGCUUCUGGUGUGCAUUUGCCUGUUAGAAAAUCGACUUCCUCGGAAUAUUCCGGUCACUGGUCACUUUAUUCUUGUAACUCUAACGUUACAAUAAAAUCUGACGCGUCAUUCAAGUCUUGUAUUGACGACUCGUCAGAUGAUUCAGAUGACGGUACCUUGCAUUCGGACGAAGAAGUAUCCGACGCAGAUACAGUUAAGUCAGAAGUAAGCACAGCAAAAAGACCAUGGGUCCACAGCGACUCUUUCAGAUUUGGAAGUAAAUCUAAACCUGAGAUUGAUGUUAUUGUAGAGGAAAAUAGCUGCAAAGACAAAUCAGAAGUUUCUUCUUCGAAACACGAAAGUGGUAUUUGCUUAGUUGAAGGCUCUGAGAGUUCAUCGUCUGAAUGCGAGGAUGAUAGUGGUAUUCCGAGGGUCGAUACGGAUGUGUCGCUUGGUUCUGCUUCGCUUGAGCGGGGUUCGGGAAUGGUCGGGGGUGUUCGCAGCGGGUCGGGGCGGCGGCGAUGGGACGAGGCGGAGGGUACCAGCGAAGGCGAUGCGCUGAGCGUAUCGAGUGCAGCCUCUAGCUGUGCGCCUUUACUUCUGGCGCAUCAUCACGAGUACAGCAAAGUUUCGCCGACCCCUCCCAAGAAACCUCCACGGAGGAACUUGUCAGUGUCCCCCACCCACGCCAACUCCCCUUCUUCGGGGUAUAGCUAUGAGCUGAGACCCCACGCAAGAAGUCAAGACGAUCUGGAUGACAUACAGGGUGCUAAACACUACCUCAAACACGGUCGGUCGGUGGACCAAUACGUCGACGGCAAGCUAUCUUAUUCGGAAUACGAAGAGAAUCACAACUCACCUAGAGUAGCCCCAGUUCCUAACCCAAGGCCCAGCCUCAAACAUCGCUCUCAACCCGUCGCCAUCACGGCUAUGUACGAGAACGUAGUCAUUAAAGAACAAAACCCCAGAAGAAAACUAAGAAGAAACAACUUUGCCCCAUCACAUGACAAUUAUGAACCAAGAAUGAAUGACAAUAGAGUAAGAAAGUAUUCAAACCAAGAAAAGUCUUCCUUAGAAAGUCUCUUAGACGAUCAGUCAAUGAAUAGUCCGAGCGAUUGUGAGCGUUAUUAUGACGGGAAAAGGGCCUCGAUUCCGUUGUCGCCAACGCAUUAUGAACAGCCACCGACUCCUGACCAUCCACCGCCUUCGGCUAAACAGGCUGAGAACUGCAUACACGAAAGGAUCAGGCCUUUGAGCCAGGUUAGUCACAAAUAGAGAUGCUCUUUUAUGUAGUCACCUAAUUAUUCUGUUCUUUCAAAAUAUGAUCACUGUAUCUCUUUAUCAGUUAAUCAUGUACUUCUUAGUACUUCAUAUCGGUUCCUAUAAACAUUUUUGUUUUUGUGUUAAAAGGAAGAUAAUUGUCGUACCAAAUAUUGUAAAUAAAUUAGAUGUAAUAUUUUUCUAUGCAUUUAGAGUGCCUUAUCAAUUUCACUUACACAUGCAAUAUCUUCCUUUUAACCCUGUUUUUACAAUGUAAAAGAAGUAUAUAUUACUUAUGUGACUAACCUUUACCUAAUAAUGUUACCGAGGAACCUUUAUGAAAGUAUGUCUUUCCACCUUUCCUAUAAACACAGCAGAAGUAAUUAAUUGUAUCAUAACACAUUAAUGGCAAUAGCACCCUUUAUAACCAAGCACAACAUCCUUGCAUGAGCAUGAAACUAGCAAAACUUAAAUUUAAAUAAAAAAUAAAUAUUUUUUAAAACAUUUCAGCUUAUUAUGGAGGUUGUAGAAGAGAUAAGAAUUAGACAAAAGUCCCAGGGUGAUGUAGUCAAUAGCUGAUGUUAAUUAUAUUAUGAAAUAAGCGCCCUAGUCGUUCGUCCCGUUCAACUCUAUAGUCAUCCCGUUUUAUUGUAUCGAAAAUGACCGAUGACAAAAAGAGACAACAAUAAUUUAAUGUGUCAAUGAUAUCCGUAAUCACUUAAUGGUGCUCGUAACGUUAUUUUUUAAAAGUAUAUUAGUGUUUUUGUAAAUAGAAUAUUUUAUUUCGCUUAAGUAUUCCGUAAGGUGCUAUGUUUAGUUGUAUCAUAAGAAUUGAAAUCGUUUUGUGAAAAUAUAAAUUAUAUUUCAACUUAUGAAUUAACGUAAACUCGGAUUAUUUUGGACCUGUAGGCUAUCCAAACUCCCAAUCCAACGAAAAACUUUUAUAUGUUUUU